AUGGAGGAGGAUAUAACCUUGCCACUUUCACCCCGCCCAAAACGUUCGAGUCUCGUCUUCUCUGCUCCCGCUCUCGCGCGCUCCCACACACACUGGUGCGAAAGACCCUACACCUACGUCGCGGCGCACCAACACGUCGACGGCGGGCGGUUGAAGCGGCAGAGCUAUCGCCAAGUAAAUUCAGUCGCGCAUUUCACCGUUUCCGAAUCGGACGAACCGAACCGGGCGUGUUUGCUCUCCUGCUGCUCUCGAGAUCCGAGUCCCCACAAGGAUAAAUCCCCAAGUGGACCCCGAGCCUCCUGCCGCCAGUUUCGAAAAAUCUACACGCCACCGCCGCUGGACAUCAAAAUGGAAAUUGAAAUUGGAGAACCACCCCAACCACCGGUUAAGUGUUCCAACUUCUUCGCCAAUCAUUGGAAAGGGUUAGUGGUCUUUCUGGUGCCUCUACUAUGUCUGCCCAUUAUGCUGUUAAACGAGGGCGCCGAAUUUCGUUGUAUGUACCUGCUUCUGGUAAUGGCCGUGUUUUGGGUGACUGAAGCCUUGCCACUGUAUGUGACCUCCAUGAUUCCCAUUGUCGCUUUCCCUGUAAUGGGUAUAAUGAGCUCCGAUCAGACGUGCCGUUUGUACUUCAAGGAUACGCUUGUUAUGUUCAUGGGUGGUAUUAUGGUCGCCCUGGCUGUGGAAUACUGUAAUCUGCACAAACGUCUCGCCUUGAGGGUAAUCCAGAUCGUGGGCUGCAGUCCCCGCAGGUUGCACUUUGGCCUGAUUAUGGUUACAAUGUUCUUGAGCAUGUGGAUCUCGAAUGCCGCCUGCACUGCCAUGAUGUGUCCCAUUAUCCAGGCUGUGCUGGAGGAACUUCAGGCUCAGGGCGUCUGCAAAAUCAACCAUGAACCUCAAUACCAAAUUGUCGGAAACAACAAGAAAAACAACGAGGAUGAGCCGCCAUAUCCCACAAAGAUCACUCUUUGCUACUAUCUGGGCAUUGCCUACGCCUCCUCUUUGGGUGGCUGCGGAACCAUCAUCGGAACUGCCACCAAUCUUACCUUCAAGGGCAUAUACGAUGCUCGCUUCAAGAACUCCACCGAACAGAUGGACUUCCCCACCUUCAUGUUCUACUCUGUGCCAUCGAUGCUGGUGUACACCGUUCUGACCUUCGUGUUCCUGCAGUGGCACUUCAUGGGUCUGUGGCGUCCCAAGAGCAAGGAGGCUCAGGAAGUGCAGAGGGGCAAGGAGGGCGCCGAUGUGGCCAAGAAGGUGAUUGACCAGCGCUACAAGGAUCUGGGCCCCAUGUCCAUCCACGAGAUCCAAGUGAUGAUUCUGUUCAUCUUCAUGGUUAUCAUGUACUUCACCCGCAAGCCGAAUAUCUUUUUGGGAUGGGCCGAUUAUUUAAAUACCAAGGAUGUUCGUAACUCUAUGCCCACCAUUUUCGUAGUGAUCAUGUGCUUUAUCUUGCCUGCCAACUAUGCCUUCCUGCGUUACUGCACAAGACGCGGUGGUCCGGUGCCCACAGGUCCCACUCCCUCGCUGAUCACCUGGAAGUUCAUCCAGACCAAGGUUCCAUGGGGUCUGGUGUUCCUGUUGGGCGGUGGAUUUGCCCUGGCCGAAGGCAGCAAGCAGAGCGGCAUGGCCAAGCUGAUUGGUAACGCAUUGAUUGGCCUAAAGGUCCUGCCCAACUCUGUGCUCCUGCUGGUGGUUAUCCUGGUGGCUGUGUUCCUAACCGCUUUCAGCUCCAACGUGGCCAUUGCCAACAUCAUUAUUCCCGUACUGGCUGAGAUGUCCCUGGCCAUUGAGAUUCAUCCACUGUACCUGAUCCUGCCCGCUGGAUUGGCUUGCAGUAUGGCUUUCCACCUGCCGGUUAGCACACCGCCCAACGCUCUGGUCGCCGGCUAUGCCAACAUUAGGACAAAGGACAUGGCCAUCGCUGGAAUUGGCCCGACCGUCAUUACCGUCGUCACACUGUUCAUUUUCUGCCAGACCUGGGGCCUGAUUGUCUAUCCAAAUCUUAACACUUUCCCCGAAUGGGCGCAGAUUUAUGCCGCGCAAGCGCAUGGCAACCAGACUAUAUAGAUAGUUAGUCAUUAGUGUAACGUAACACACAGACCGCCGCAGCGAUGAAAAUCAUAAUACUUUAGGGAAUUGUAAAAGAAAAGUGCCUUUGCUGACUGCGAAAAAUGUGCAUUUCUGAAUUGCGAAAAGUUUUGAUACAAAAAACAUUACCUAUUGUUUAGCAAAACGUGUUGAAAAGUUUUAUCAUAAAAUACUGUUAAACAGGACUUGAGAUCCUGGUUCACGGACUCAGCUAAAUAUUUAAAUACAAAUUAAUGUUACUUAAUUGUUGCAUUUAGCAAACAAAAAAUUCAAAAAUGCGGGGAAAUUAUGUUCAACGGCAGCACUGGCUUGCCAAUGGUUUUUAUAACUAGACUGAGAAAACGUACAUAUUCAUACACGUUUUGCAAUUUGUAAAAAAAAUUAAAUAUGAACAACUUACUCAAUACUUGAUUGCGAACCGAAAUAAGCACACAAAUAGCCUUAGUCUAAGCUAAAAUAAUACUUUGUAAAUUUUCAAAUGAUUUAUGUUUUAUAUAGUUUGUAAAAAAUAUCAAAUAAUAAAAAGCUCAAACGACAA